CUCCGAAUCCGGCUUCAACACGGCAUCAACGGCUGUUGCUUGAACAUUUUAUUCCACCUGCGCCCUUCCAAGAGGUGAAGUUCGUCUCGUUUCAGUCUUGUCUUUUCUAGCACAUUAUCCUGCUUCUCGCGAACCUUGGACAGCUCCAGAAGCCGCAUCCAUAGCCCUUUGUUUCAACUCGUCCUCUAAUCCUUACCUCCGUCCUCGAUUCAGACUUCCAGAGUGUUCACUGCGUCAAGAGCCCUCCUUGCUUAGAGAUUGUCCAGCAAGAUGGCGAGCGUAUUGAAGAAUGCCAAUACCCUGCGCAAAGCGCUACAUACAGGAUCCGGCCUCUCUUUUGGCGCCUGGCAGAUGCUCCCGGGUUCAUACCUGUCAAGAACGAUCGCAAGAGCAGGGUACGAUUGGAUUUGCAUCGAUUGCGAGCACGGCAACAUUGCAGACAACGAGAUGCACGAAUCCGUCCACGCGAUUGCCUCCUGCGACGUCAGUCCCAUUGUCCGUAUCCCAGCGAACGAAGGUUGGAUGGUCAAGCGUGCUCUCGACGCCGGUGCCCACGGCAUUAUCGUGCCCCUGUUGACCAGCGUCGACGAUGCGAAGAGACUGGUACAGAGCGCAAAGUUUCCACCAUAUGGCAAAAGAGGGUUCGGCAGCCCUUUCUCCAUGGGCUCUUUUGAUGUGAAGGGAAAUCUGUCUGGAUUUGAUUACAUGAAGAAUGCGAAUGACAACCUCUUGACAAUUGUGCAGAUCGAGACAAAAGAGGCCUUGGACUGUGUCGAAGAGAUCGCGAAAGUCGACGGAAUCGAUGUCCUAUUCAUUGGCCCUUGGGAUUUAGGAAACAACAUUGGGCACCCUGUCGAGGAUGACUUCAGUCCAGAGUUGAAGGAGGCCAUUGCUCGAAUUCUGAAAGCUGCUCAAGAUGCUGGUAAGAAAUCCGGAAUUUAUUGUCCAUCAGGAGAGGUUGCCCGAGGGUACGCCGAUAUGGGAUUCCAGAUGAUUUCUGUGGUCAACGACAUGACAGCCGUCCCAACAUUUAUGGCCGAGUCCCUGUCAAAAGCAAAGGGAUCGUAUGGUCACGCCGCCGCACAAGCCGUGAAGGGAGCUGCAUACGGCGCCGUGAAUCUGGCUACCAAGGAGAGAAAGUAGACACCAAUGGCGGAAUCAAGACGAGGAUUGUUCGAUCUCAUCAAGCGCCUUUUCCACUUCUUCGACCGUGAAGCGGUGCAUGAGCUUUUUCGCCGCGUCGAGUGUCAGUCCCUCGGUGCUGUUCUUGUCGAUGUGUAGGACAGGGACAUCAUAGUCGUAGACGUCCUUCCAUUGCUUCUGCCCAGGAGCAUCAAUGUUUAUUUCCGAGUAGUCAACGGUUCGUCGCUGCUGC